AGCCAAUGCUCCAAAGCCUGUAUAAAAAACAGACAGCAAAACCAGCAAGAAGAACACAAGAUUGGAUUUAUUUCCUAGAAAGCCGGAUUUGCAUAAGAAAUCUGAUCCUGACGUGGUCCUUCUCUAUCAGUUUUAUCCAUAAUCCCUCAUUUUUCGUUUUCUCUUACACCAGGCCAAUUUUUCUCCUUUAAAAACUUCAAACAUUACCCUCUAUUUUCCCAUAAUUUCAUUUUCAGGCUGGUGAAUAUCAUCCCAUAAAGAUGGAAGUUAGAGGGGGCUGAGGCUUAACAAGUUCUAUGGCCUUGAUUGAUAUAUGGGCAAUGUGUGGGGAACGAGACUAUUUUAGAAGUUUGCAGUACAUUUUGAAUAAAACAAGCAAAAAGAGUUAUUUUACUAGAACAAUUUCGGGUAUGGAAUAUGAAUCGGAUUGGACUAGACACAGAAAAUCCUCAGCGUUUACUGCUCAAGCGAUUCGAUCAGCAACAUCUUUUAUGCCCUGGUCUUGUAAGAUUCCUAUAGGUGAUAGUUAUCACGAAUUUCUUUAAUUAAACAUCUGUCUUUUGAACGUUCUUAUUACUUUCUUGGGAGAUACAGUAGAUUGAGUACAAAUAUCAACUACAUGUCUCUUGAUUUCAUGAAAAUGCCGUGUUACGUGAGUGGAAAGAAAAGAUUAACAGAGAGGGACACCUCUUUCUCUAUUUCACCUGCCCAAUCUAAGUCGACUUGUUUGAAAAGCAACCUUCAGUUAGUUUCUCGAGUUUCUGAUGAUAUCGACAGUCCCAUUUUACCGGGGCUUCCUGAUGACGUUGCUAAGUAUUGCCUCGCACUUGUUCCUCGCCCUCACUUUCCAUCUAUGGGAGCUGUUUGCAAGAAAUGGAGAUUAUUUAUAAAAAGCAAAGAAUUUCUGGUUGUACGGAAACUAGCCGGGUUGCUUGAGGAAUGGCUUUAUGUCCUGACUGUGGACUCUGAAGGAAAGGAAAGCCAGUGGGAGGUUAUGGAUUGCUUAGGACAGAGACGUCAGCUUCUUCCGCCGAUGCCUGGACAUACUAAGGCCGGGUUUGGGGUAGCUGCUCUUAAUGGGAAGCUUCUCGUCUUGGCUGGCUAUUCUGUUAUUGAUGGGACUGGCUCUGCUUCAGCAGAUGUUUAUGAAUAUGAGUCUUGCCUUAAGAGUUGGAGCAAAUUAUCAAGCAUGAACGUUGCACGCUACGAUUUCGCGUGUGCAGAAGUUAACGGCAAAGUUUAUGUUGUUGGAGGUUAUGGAAUAGACGGUGAUAGUCUAUCGAGUGCUGAGAUGUAUGAUCCCGACACCGGAAAGUGGACCCUAAUAGAGAGUCUACGUCGCUCGAGGUGGGGUUGUUUCGGUUGUAGCUUUGAGGGAAAGCUUUAUGUCAUGGGAGGCAGGUCAAGCUUCACCAUAGGCAAUUCAAAGAAGGUCGAUGUGUACAAUCCCGAGAGGCAGACAUGGUGUGAAAUGAAGAAUGGUUGCGUCAUGGUUACUGCUCAUGCUGUGCUGGGAAAGAAGCUCUUCUGUAUGGAGUGGAAGGAUGAGCGUAAACUAGCUAUAUUUAACUCAGAAGAUGAUUCCUGGAAAAUGGUUCCGGUUCCGAUAGCCGGAAGCUCGACUAUUGGUUUUCGGUUCGGAAUACUUGAUGGGAAACUUUUACUGUUCCCACAGGAGAAAGUACCAGGUUGCUAUACUCUGCUGUAUGAUCCUAAUGCUUCCCCAGGUUCCGAGUGGCGGAUGUCGGAAAUUAAGCCAUCUGGACAGUGCUUGUGCUGUGUAACUGUCAAGGCUUGAAAUGAUAUGCUGCACAUUUAGUGAUUUUCUCUGUAAUAGUAUGCGUUUGUACUUUUGAUCGGAUUAUCCAUUUGACGUUAUCAUUUAGAUAGCUUCACUCCGUGCUUAAUCAUGGAAGCGAGCCUUCCUCGUUGGUGCAGUUUAAAAUAGCUAGUGAUUUUUUUGAA